UCAUGGGAAUUAACGGUAUCCUGGGGCUCUGAUUACCUGCAGGUACACAACUGUAUCCCCGGAGCCAUUGGAGGAGUGGCGAUGAGGAAGAGGGUGGGGGAAACGGAGGUACGGUCGCUCGUAUAUACCGGCGCGGCUGCAGUCACCGGCUGGUGUCCGUGAGCGUUUGACUGUCGAAAGACUCGGGAUAAAACGUGGUCCAACAGUAUAACUUCUCCAGCGUCCUGGCAAAUUUUCAUCGUCGCGUGAGGUCCCCCUCUCUUCACACACUCUCUCCCAUUAUUGUGAAAAGAAAAAAAAAAAUUGUUCGCUCGAUCGGGCCAAGUGGCUCUUUAAAAAUCCAACCAAGGGACUAGUCGUGGGCGUAAGCCAACAGUUCAAGUGUGGAGCCAACAGUGCAGGUGAAGUUUGUAAAGGGAGUACUGAGGAAGUUUGUACUCCAAGUUUUUUGAAAAAAAAAAAAUCACAAACAAUCAAUUAUUUAGAGGGCUCACGCGCUUUUCCAUGUCAACGACACGCGUGAUCCUUCCAAGGCCAGCGUGCUACGCCCCGGUUAAAUACACAAGUACAACUCAAUCUCAUUCCACGUCUGAACAGCGUGAAACUGACUGGGGUUUUUUAAAUAUUUUAAACAAUAAGAGUAGUAGUGGAGGUUACGAAGGUAAAAGAUCAGCACCCUGGGGACACACUGAGAUUGAGAGGAAGAGGAAGAGUCUCGUGCAUCAUCGCAGCAGUAGCAGGUCUGAGAUGAGCGACCAUGGCUGCAUACACUUGAAUAAUUUUAAAGCUGCCAAAGGUAUACAACCGUACAAAGUAAUACACUCUUACUUUGUCACAAGUACUUCGGCAGAGGCACGCGUCAGAAAGGCCGUCAGCUGCUUAUGUCAUACUUGCAAGACCCACAAGGAUCGACUGCAUUCCUGCUUGCACUGCAUAUUUUUUGGUUGCUACGUUGGUGGUCACAUCCAGGAGCAUGCGAAAACGAAGAAACAUUUUUUAGCCGUGGAUCUUUGUUACGGUAACAUUCUGUGCUUCCAAUGUGGAGACUAUGUAUACGAUAGAGAGUUACUGACAGUAGCCAAAGCACAAUGGAGCGAGUCAGCCAAAUCCCUCAGCCUGGGAGAGUUCUAUCGUGCCUGGGAGCCGACACAAGUCGAGGCGGAAUUGCUAAGGAAAAAUCCACGACGAAGGCGCGUUGUGGAGAAUUCAACAAUUGGUCUCAGAGGGCUUAUAAACUUAGGCAGCACCUGCUUCAUGAACUGCAUUGUCCAGGCAUUGACUCACACUCCACUCCUGCGAGAUUAUUUCCUCUCUGAUCGUCAUCACUGCCCGCAGCCAAGUCGAUGUCUGGUUUGUGAGGUGUCCCAUCUCUUCCAGGAAUUCUAUUCUGGUAGCAAAGCACCUCUCACACUCCAUAAAUUACUCCAUUUGAUAUGGACACACGCUAGACACUUGGCUGGUUAUGAACAACAGGAUGCCCACGAAUUCUUCAUUGCUACUUUGGACGUACUUCACAGACACUGUGAAGCAGCACCAAUAUUUGUUAAGGAUAAUCCACAUCAUUGCAACUGUAUUAUUGAUCAAAUAUUCACUGGAGGGUUGCAGAGCGAUGUUGUAUGUCAAUCUUGCAACGGCGUUUCUACAACCAUCGAUCCAUUCUGGGACAUAUCUCUAGAUCUCGGUCCAACAGCUGGUGCCUCCGGCUCGGACGCCAAUGGACCCCCUACAUCACUUCUCGACUGCCUAGAGCGCUUCACACGAGCUGAGCAUCUAGGCUCAAGUGCUAAAAUAAAAUGUAGCAAGUGCCAGAGCUAUCAAGAAAGCACCAAACAGCUAACAAUGAAACAACUACCUAUUGUCGCGAGUUUUCAUCUCAAGCGCUUUGAACACUCCAGUAUCCAGGAUAAGAAGAUAUCGACGUUUAUCUCAUUCCCAGAACAACUCGACAUGACACCAUUCAUGUCACACCAACGCAAUGGCAAUAAUAACCGCGGUUCUAUCGACGGCUUCCCCAAAAAUGGCGAAGACACGACUUUCAGUGACAACAGAUAUUCAUUGUUUGCUGUUAUUAAUCAUGAGGGCUCACUAGAGACUGGCCACUAUACUGCCUUCAUCAGGCAGCAGAGGGACCAGUGGUUCAAGUGUGAUGAUCAUUUGAUCACCAAGGCGCGGCUUAAAGACGUUUUGACCAGCGAAGGGUAUCUGCUCUUCUACCACAAGCAAAUCCUCGAGUAUGGUCGUAGCAGCAAAGUAUGAAGAGUCAAAUUUUUCGUAAUUAAUUUAUUUAUUUUGUUUAUAAUGACGACCACAUUUCUCUGUGAGAAUUCAGUCAGUCCAUCACGCAGUGAUUGAUGUACGUCAUUUUUUCUCAAAUCUCACAGUGAAAGUGAUUUGCCUAUUUGUUUUGUUCAAAUACUGCCGAUUAUGACGAAAUUGAUUUUUCCUUCGAAUGCUUAAACGGCAAGAUGAUUGACCAGGUUUUGUAAUCAUGUCCUCGACCAGGAGAUAACGAUGAAUCUGAUCGUGAAGUUGAUAAUUAUUUAUGGUAUAAUUGUAAUUGUUACGAUGUCACCUUUAUUUUCAUGCCUCAAUGCUCUCCCCAUUUUUUAUGUUAUUCGAAAACAACUGAUAUAUAUAUAUAGAUAUAUAUGAGCAUACCCUAUCAAUUUACGUGCCCACAUCUACUUUGAUUGACCCCUAGAUUUUUAAGAUUAGCUCAAUUUUUUAAUGAAGAAAAAAACUGAAUAUAAAUGAUCCCAUCUUUUGUAAAUUGCCGACUGGUUAUUGUUGAAUAUUCAAUCCCUAUUUUUCCCACAUCCCCCGAAAUAAUUGUAUGGUCAGCCCCCCCCAUAAUGGAAUUAACAUUAUGCUUCGCAUCGAUUUGGAAAUAUUUAACGUUCUAUUUCUAUGAUGUUAAGACUGCAGCAAUUGAACACGCGAUGGAGUAUAAUUUUAGAAGAAAAUAAUUAAUUGAGCCAAAGCAGAUGAGAUUUUUAUCUGUUGGAUGAGCAGUUUGCCAUCCUUGGUCAGAUCAUUUUUGUACAAAUGAAACAAUAUUACUGAUGAGAUAGUAAUUAAUUUAUUAUCUUGAUGAAAAAUAAAAUGCGAUUUGGUUCGCCCGACUGUGUAUAAUAAAUCAAUGUUUAAAAACAA